AUGCGAUUUGGUCUACCUGCUGAUUUCGAGAUAUAUGUUGAUGUACCACCAGCACCACCAGCACCACCAUCUUCUGCAUCGGGCGCUACCGCGCUUGCUCCAGCGGCAUUAUCGCGAGCUAUACUCAGAUUAAAGUCGGAACCAAAUGCUGUCUCCCCCAUACACAAUCAAUUCACAGAAGUAUUCCAAGCAAUCGAGAAUCAUACAGAAGAGCUUGUGGCAGUUAAUCAAAUACAGCAAGAUAAGGAUCAGAUAUUGCUCCUAGACAAGAUCAAUCAGCACGACCAGCUUGCCCAAGCUAAUGUUACUUGGUUGGCUAACAAAAUUGACCAAAGUUUACAUAUACAGAAUCUGAGGGUUCAAGAAAUCAUCCUAAUAGAAAAGGAGAGAUUACGCAAGGAAGAAGAGAGGAAGCGUCGUGAAGAAGAAGAAAGAAAACGUCGCGAGGAGGAAGAAAGAAAGCGCCUUGAAGAAGAGCAAAGACGAUUAGAAGAAGAACGCAAACGUAAAGAAGAAGAGGAAAGAAAAUACAAAGAGGAAGAAGAGCGUAAACUAAAAGAGGAAGAACAACGUAAGAAAGAACUUGAAGAGAAAAAGAAGCAAGAAUUGGCCAAGAAGAAAAAAGAACAAGAAGAAGCUAAAAGGCAACAAGAGUUACAAAAAGCAAAACAACAAGCUUCCUUGACUGACUUCCUCAGAAUAGAAAAAGACUUUAUCAAAUAUAAACAAGAUAUCGUUGAUAUCAAAACAAACAUAGUUGAGAAACUAAACUCCAACAAGGACUUGAAGAAAGUGGUCAAUGCUCAUAAAAGAAAGAUCAAUCCUAAAUUUGGACAACUUUCAAAUUCCUUAACUCAAUUGCAUAAAAUAACUCAAGAAGUUGUCCAUCUCAUAACUCAAACCAAAUCAGACGAUCUUGCUUUCAACUGGAUACUUAACUUUGUAGCCAAAGCUGUUGUCGAUCAAGCCGAAACUGAAAUUAUCGUUCAUGCUACACAAGCAAUCCCCCUUGCAAAAUUAGCAUACUCCUUACUCGUCGAAUUUCCCGAGUUUGAAUACUACUUGUCAGCAAGAUUUGUCAAGAAAUGUCCGUAUAUUAUAGGAUACACAUGUGAUAUAUCUACCGAAGAAGGUCGUAAACGAAUGGGAUGGAAAUUUAGAGAUGGUAAAUGGGAAGAUGCGGUGAAAUACGAUGAAAGAGUCGCCGGUAUAUGUACCGUAUGGUCAGUCAUGUCAAGAUUAACUGAUUUUCCACAACAAAUACCGUUCUAUUCAUUUGAAGCCACCUGGAAAUUCCUCGCCAGAAUGGGAAAUACAGAAUUGGACUUGUUAAGCAAUACUCAUUUUGCAAUCCUUUCAAAUUGGUGGGAAUGUGCUGGGAAGUUUUUCAGUUCCAGAUUCGGCAGGCAAAGUCAAAAAUUAAUGAUGGUUUUGGUUGCAGAUUUGACUAAUGCUGUUGCCGACAGGAAAUAUCCAUCUGCUGUCAGGUUGAGAAUCAUGGGAGAAGAAUGGUUGCAACAUGGUAAAAUUGAAUCAAUUAAAGAGAUGGAACCUUAA